AUGUCGAUCGUUUCCCUGCUUGGUAUCAAGGUGCUAAACAAUCCUGCCAAUUUCUCCAAUCCAUAUGAGUUUGAGAUUACAUUCGAGUGUCUGGAGCCUUUAAAGAGUGAUUUAGAGUGGAAGCUAACGUACGUCGGGUCUUCGAGGUCUUUGGAACACGAUCAAGAGCUAGAUUCGAUCCUUGUGGGUCCCGUACCGGUUGGUGUCAACAAAUUCGUGUUCACUGCAGAUCCACCUUCUCCCGAAUUAAUUCCAGCCAGUGAACUGGUCAGCGUCACUGUGAUCCUGCUGAGCUGCUCCUAUGACGGUAGAGAGUUCGUUAGAGUUGGUUACUACGUGAACAACGAAUAUGAUAACGAAGAAUUGCGUGAAAAUCCACCUGCAAAGGUACAGGUCGAACAUGUGGUGCGUAAUAUCCUGGCCGAGAAGCCUAGAGUAACGAGGUUCAACAUUGUAUGGGACAACGAGAACGAGGGAGAAAUGUACCCUCCAGAGCAACCUGGUGUAGAUGAAGAGGAGGAAGAGGAAGAAGAGGAAGAAGAAGAAGAAGAGGAAGAGGAAGAAGAGGACGAGGAGAAUGAAGAUGAUGAUGAGCAGGAGGAGGAAGCGGAAGAAGAAGGGGAACAGCAAGAGUUAGAAGCUCAGGAAGCAGAAGAAGAAGAUGAAGAAGCUGCUGAGGAAGGUUUAGACGCUGCUGAUCAGCAUGCUGGUGAAGAUGACGACGAGCCGGAGAUAGACGAUGAUGGUGCGCCUUCUUUAAAGAAGCAAAAGAUCGAAAUGGAUGACGCACAAACCCCACAGGAUUCUCAAUAA